AUGGGUUGGGGUGAAAGUAAGGUCGGUACGGCCUUCCGGGAAGCACUUGUGGCCUCGAGGUCUGGACUGGCCAAAAAGAACAAGGGUUGCGGAAGUACACAGGAAUUCGCUCUCCGGGGAGAAGUUCAGGAUCUCGAAUGUUGGCAAGCUGUCGAUAGCUCGGGCGGUGACGCUGCACGUGAUCGCUGA